ACCUUCAAACUUAAAACUAUUGCACACCAUAUCGAAACAUUGAGACAAAUAUAUAUUUUUUGUAUAAUUAUUAGUAAUUUUUAAAUAAUAUAUUUUGAUUUCAAUAAUUAACUCAAGGUCGUAAAACAUGUUGUACAUUUUUUUUAUUACUCUAAAAGUUAUUGUUUUAGCGUCAUUUUUUUCUUCGUAUGAAACAGUAGUAACUGCAUCAAAUAUUCGUGUCAAAAGAUCUUUAGCUGUACUUGACAAAGAUCAGUUAUGGGAUGAUGGUAUUAUCCCAUAUGAAAUAGAUAAUACAUUGAGUGGUUCACAUCGUAGACUAUUAAAACUAGCUAUGGAGGAAUGGGAACAAUCAACUUGUAUUCAAUUUGUCGACAGAGAUAAUGAAACCUUUCUACACUACUUAUUAGUCAGUAGAUCGGGCUUCGGUUGUGAAUCGUAUGUCGGCAGAACUCUUAGUGGCCGAAAUGAUUUGAAUUUGGGUGGUGGUUGUAUGUCGUACAGAAUUUUAUUGCAUGAAUUAGGACAUAUAAUUGGCUUUUAUCAUGAACAUAAUCGUCCAGAUCGUGAUGAACAUGUAAUCAUCAAUAUGGACAAUGUCAAAACAGGCAAUAAUUAUAAUUUCGACAAAUUGUCAUCUGAAGAAACUAAUACACUUAAUCAAAAAUAUGAUUAUUAUUCAAUAAUGCAUUACCGACGAAAUGAAUUUUCAAUUGAUAAGUUUAAAGAUACGAUAACUCCCAUUGAAUCAGCUAACAAUGAAAUUGAUAUAAUUGGUAAAAAAGCACGAUUAAGUGAUACUGAUGUUACUGCUACAAAUUUACUUUACGAAUGCCCCGAAUGUGGAGAAACUUUACGAUAUUCUAAUGGAACUUUUGGAUCAUCAAAUAAUUCACUUAUUAUUGGUGAAUAUUGUCAAUGGAGAAUUACGGCAGCCCAUGGAGAGAAAAUUGCUCUUGUUAUUACAUCAUUAAGUGUUCCAAGAAAAAGUAAUUGUCCAUCAGAUUACUUAGAAAUCAUCGAUGGAUAUUCGUUGAGAAGCCCUGUUCUAGCACGUUUGUGUGGAAAAGGGAAAGUUUUGCAGCCAUUAAUUUCUACUUCUAAUCAUAUGUUAGUAGAAUACAAAAGAAAAACAUUUAAUAAAAAGAACUAUGGUUUUACAGCUAAUUAUUAUAAAAUCUGUGGUGGUGAUAUAAAUAUUAACGACGAGGACAAAUAUUAUUAUUUAGAAUCACCAAAUUAUCCCCAUAAGUACGAAGCCAAUAAAAAAUGUAUUUGGCAUAUAAAUGCACCCCGAAAUCGAAAAAUUUCAGUCGUGUUCGACUACUUCAAACUUGAAAAUUCUGUUGAUUGUAAGAAUGAUUUUCUAGAAAUACGAGACGGGAAUGGUGAUGAUUAUUCUUCCCCGCUCAUUGGAAUUUAUUGCCAUAAAAAUAGUCCGAGGAAAGUACUUUCAACAGAUAAUAAAUUAUUUAUUAAAUUUGUUAGCAAUGAUGAAAUUGAAAAAAAUGGAUUUUCGGCCAUCAUUAAUGUGAAACACUAAUGAAGAAAUAUUAAUAUAGGGUAGAUUAAGCAGAUUAGAAGUUUAAAAAAUAGAAAAUCUGUUAUGAUUUUAAUAUUAUAUUUUCAAUAACAAUUAAAAUUUUCAGUACCCGAGUAAAAAUGAAAUUAAAAUUUAA